GAACAGACCCAAAUCCCUGCUCCAGCUCCCGGCGCUGGUUUGUCCAUCCCGGGCAGCAGCCGGGGAGGUUGAAAGCGUGAACAUUUCCCUUAUAGGGAGGUGCUGAGGGCCGGGAGUAUUGAAAUCCCACACAAAGCAGGGACUGCCCCCUCCUUAUCCCAUGUCCAUCCAGCUUUGCCGGUCCUGGGGGGAUUCCUGGCGUUCCUGGGAGCAUCCCAGGGCCGUGGCCACCCUCCCGAUGAUCCCGAGCACCGGCAGAGCCGGCGGCUGGAUUGGCUGCGGUGGCCAAACCUUUCCUUUUUAGGCUGCACUCCUGCUCCUUCCUGCUUGGAGGCUUUGCUGCUGCGGUCCCAGCUCCAAACCGGCCGUGCCGACGCUUCCCAUCCAUCCCGACUCCGGCACCGAGGGAUCCUGCAGGGAUCAGUGGCUUGGAGCUGACGCGCCUGUGCCCGGCAGGACCCGCCUCUGAGGCUUCACGGGCUCGCUGGUAUUUAUACCAAAGGCACAUCGGGACUCGGUCCCAGAGGAAAGGAGCUCUCGCCUCUGUGCUUUUCCCCCCUGAACAGCAGCAGCUCCCGGCCCCACCAUGUGCGAGGAGGAAACAACCGCCCUGGUCUGCGACAACGGCUCCGGCCUCUGCAAAGCCGGGUUCGCCGGUGACGAUGCCCCUCGCGCUGUCUUCCCCUCCAUCGUGGGGCGGCCCCGGCACCAGGGUGUCAUGGUGGGCAUGGGGCAGAAAGACAGCUACGUAGGCGAUGAGGCGCAGAGCAAGAGGGGUAUCCUCACGCUCAAGUACCCCAUUGAGCAUGGCAUCAUCACCAACUGGGAUGACAUGGAGAAGAUCUGGCACCAUUCCUUCUACAACGAGCUGCGCGUGGCCCCCGAGGAGCACCCGACCCUGCUCACCGAGGCACCCCUCAACCCCAAGGCCAACCGGGAGAAGAUGACCCAGAUCAUGUUUGAAACCUUCAACGUCCCCGCCAUGUACGUCGCCAUCCAAGCCGUCCUCUCCCUCUACGCCUCCGGCCGCACGACCGGCAUCGUCCUCGACUCCGGGGACGGCGUCACCCACAACGUGCCCAUCUACGAGGGCUACGCGCUGCCCCACGCCAUCAUGCGUCUCGACUUGGCCGGCCGCGACCUCACCGACUACCUCAUGAAGAUCCUCACCGAGAGGGGCUACUCCUUCGUCACCACCGCCGAGAGGGAAAUCGUGCGUGACAUCAAGGAGAAGCUCUGCUACGUGGCCCUUGACUUCGAGAACGAGAUGGCCACGGCUGCCUCCUCCUCCUCGCUGGAGAAGAGCUACGAGCUCCCCGACGGGCAGGUCAUCACCAUCGGCAACGAGCGCUUCCGCUGCCCCGAGACCCUCUUCCAACCCUCCUUCAUCGGCAUGGAAUCAGCUGGCAUCCACGAGACCACCUACAACUCCAUCAUGAAGUGCGACAUCGACAUCCGCAAGGACCUUUACGCCAACAACGUGUUGUCCGGCGGCACCACCAUGUACCCCGGCAUCGCCGACCGCAUGCAGAAGGAGAUCACGGCGCUGGCUCCCAGCACCAUGAAGAUCAAAAUCAUCGCCCCGCCGGAGCGCAAGUACUCGGUGUGGAUCGGCGGCUCCAUCCUGGCCUCCCUCUCCACCUUCCAGCAGAUGUGGAUCAGCAAACCCGAGUACGACGAGGCCGGACCCUCCAUCGUCCACCGAAAAUGCUUCUAAGCCCCCUCUUCACCCCAUGGUGGCCCCACCGCCCGGCUGGGGCACCCCGCUCCUCCUCAGGCCCCGUUGCUCUUCCCCACUGCGCAUUAAAGCCUUUUCUCCAGG